UAGUUGAUCUGGUGCCUUAUUUGAGAAUAGAGUGUUACUUCGUAUAAACCAAUAUUUUAUUUAUCCGUUCAUACAACGGACGUAAAGUCUUCAAAGCUUGAUAAGUCGAUUUUUAAAAUCGAUCGAUGACACAAAGGAAAAUCAAAAAAAAACUCCAAAGGAAGAUAAAGGAAGAAUCCAUAAAUAAGAUGAACAUUUAUUUGUUUCUUCUUUUAUUUGAAUUUUAAUUUUUUGUUUCGAAUAAAUACAUUCUAAUAAGUUCCACCAUCGUCAAAUCAACGUGCACUCGUUCUUACGGUGGGAUAUUUUAUUUGUGCAUCGAUAGCACGGAGUCCAUAUACUUAAGUUUUGACGAAGCAAUUAAUCAUCACAAACGCUCGUCGAAUAGUGGAAAAACUCGCCAUGCUCUUAAGUAAUACACAAAUCUGGGAACUAGCAACAUCUAACUCAUGGAUCUAUGUCGUUGUGUUGAUCUUCCUUUACGUUAUAUAUAUUCUGAGAAACUACAUUCGACUCGUUAAAAUCACACUUUGUCUCGAUGGACCACCGGCAUUGCCGCUAAUUGGUAAUAUCCAUUAUUACUUUAAACCCAAUGUUAUGAACGAAAUGAAAAAAUAUUCAACAUAUAAUAUAAUCAGAUUUUGGGUAUCUUUUAUACCGUAUCUAGCGAUCAUUCAACCUGAAGACAUUCAAAUAAUACUCAGUAGCUCGAAACACACACGUAAGCCUUUUGUUUAUUCUCUGUUUAAGAAUGUCAUUGGAAAAGGUUUAACAAUAAACGAUGGUGAAGUCUCUAAAUUGCAUCGGAAUAUCAUUCAAAAGGCAUUCAACGUUCAUGGACUCGAAAAGUUCACUGAUAUCUUUGUCGAGCACGCCGAAUAUUUGACAUCAAUAUUACGUGAUAUUGUUAAUCAAGAUAUGAAUAUCACUAAAUUGAUCAAUGACGUCAUCUAUAAUAUACAGGCCGAAACUGUCCUAGGAUUAAAAUUGAUUAAGGAGAACAAAAAGAAUAAUGAAACGCACGAACUGCCAUUCAAAGUGAACGAAAUGUUCGCAUCUUAUCGUUUCAAGAGACCGUGGCUAUUAUUCGAGUCAUUAUAUAAAUUGACUGAGAAGUCGCAAAUUGAUAAGCAACAAUUAGAUAAUAAUAUUGCCUAUUGUUACGAUAUUAUUAAAAAGAUAGAAAAAUCUAAGCGUCUAAAUUCUUACGAUAUGACAAAUGAUGAAACGCAAACGGAAAACGGAAGGAUAUCUCUGUUGGAGUUCAUGGUCAACAUGAAACAAAAGUAUUCAUAUUUCAAUGACGAAGCCAUCUUAAACGAAUGUAGUACAUUUAUGCUGGCUGGUUUGGAAUCCGUCAGCACGGCAACGGCAUGCAUGCUCUUUCUAUUGGCAAAUCAUCCCGAAUGCCAGAAAAAAUGUGUUAACGAGUUGGAUGAAAUUUACAACAAUAACGCUACUUUAACGUCGUUUAAGUCUUUGAAAGAGAUGAAAUAUUUAGAGAUGUGUAUAAAAGAGACGCUCAGGCUUUAUCCCGCCAUACCGGUAAUAGCCAGAUGCCUCACUGAAGAUAUAAAAAUAGGCGGCCGAAUAAUACCAAGCGGUACUUCCGUUUUGAUCUCACCUUAUCUUACGCACCGAAUACCACGAUAUUAUUUAGAUCCAGAAUCCUUUAAACCAGAACGUUUUGAUCCACAAAACUCUAACGAAAAAUUGCAUCCAUAUGCUUAUAUUCCUUUUAGUGCCGGUCCUAAGAAUUGUAUCGGAUACAAAUUUGCGAUAUUAGAAAUGAAAGUGCUCGUUAGUUCAAUUCUUCGAAAUUUUGUAUUGGAACCCAUUGCGAACAAAAAUAAGAUAUAUGUCAAAUAUAGAAUGACUUUACGAGCGCAAGGUGGUCUGUGGAUCAAAUUCAGAUUACGAAAGACAAUGUAAUAUAAAAAAAUGUUUAUGAAGGAAAACAUACUGACAAUGUAUAAUUAAUAAAUAAUCA